UACUGCUUAAGUUCAUUUGUGUGUGAUGGCCUUAACAAUAGCGAGUUAAAAGAACGGUAAGACGUCGAGAUUGACAAAAAUUAUGUCCGGGAGAAAUGUAUAUAAUGUUACGGCGGAACAAGAAAAAAUUAUGCAUUGGAGAGACGCAAAACGAAAGAAAUUGCGUGAAAUGUAUUUGAGAGAUUCGAGUCACCCGACCAAAAGCCUUCUUUGUGACACAGGAAUAUACAGAUUUUCAUCAGCAAAUGCAACAGUAAUGAAAUAUUUUAUUCCUUCAGUAACAAAAUUUAUGGUUUAUAUUGGGUUAAGUGUUACUCUAGUUGCUUCAACUUAUAUUGGACUAGAGAAAACAAGAGGAAAGAAGGAACACAGUAUUCGUACUGGGCAAGUCAGUUAUGCUGAUAGAAUAGAUAAAUUUGUAUAAACUGAUUAUCUUUUAGUAGCAUAUAAGCACAAUCACAAUGUGUUUUACUAAAUAUUAAAUUAUGCUGGCAAAAUAAAUUACUGAAACUAA